AGAGUAGCUCGUCAGUGUGACAGAAACAAUCUCAGGGUUCAAAGAGCAGCUCAGGCUUUACUUUUAUUUACUUUGUGAUGGAUCAUGAGGCGGAUGUAUUUUACCGGGAGCUCCCAAAAGUGGAGCUUCAUGCUCAUCUGAACGGAUCUGUGAGUUUCCAAACCAUCGAGAAACUCCUCAAAAGAAAACCACAUCUCAACAUUGAACACAGCAUGACUGCUAUCGGAAAAGGCCAGCGGAGGACAUUAGACGAGUGUUUUCAGGUCUUCAAGGUCAUUCAUCAGCUGGUGGACACUGAGGAGGACAUCCUGAUGGUGGCCAUAGAUGUUAUCAAGGAGUUUGCAGCUGAUGGUGUCAAGUAUUUGGAGCUGAGAAGUACACCAAGAGAGGAGAAAAAGACAGGAUUGACCAAAAAGAGAUAUAUUGAAACUGUUAUUAAAGCCAUUCAGCAGUGUAAAAACGAGGGAGUGGACAUUGAUGUAAGGUUCUUGGUGGCGAUUGACCGCAGAAAUGGGACUGAAGUUGCCAUGGAGACGGUGAAGUUGGCAGAGGAGUUCAUGCUGUCCUCUGAUGGUGUAGUGGUGGGACUCGACCUGAGUGGGGAUCCAACGGUCGGCCAUGGCAGAGACUUACUUCCUGCCUUACAGAGGGCCAAGAACUGUGGACUGAAGUUAUCACUGCACCUCUCCGAAGUGCAGUCACAGAUGGAGGAGACAGAUUUGUUGUUGAAUCUUCCUCCGGACAGGAUUGGUCAUGGCACCUUCCUGCAUCCUGAAGUGGGUGGAUCUCAAAGUCUUGUUGAUAAAGUGAUGAAGAACAACAUACCAUUGGAGUUGUGCUUGACGUCUAAUGUAAAAGGACAAACAGUACAGCAUUACUCCAAACAUCACUUUAAAUACUGGUACCAGUUAGGACACCCAAGUGUGAUUUGUACUGAUGAUAAGGGAGUCUUCUGUACAGACUUGUCUCAGGAAUAUCAGCUGGCAGCUUCCACCUUUGGUCUCAGUCACGAAGCCGUAUGGACGCUCUCCCAGCAGGCCAUAGACUGCAUCUUUGCACCAGAAGCCGUGAAACAGCAGCUCAGACAGAAAUGGACUGAGUUACAUUCUCAGCUGUUCAAGUGAUCCAU